UCCGCCUCCGAAGCUAACCGGGGGCCCAAGUCGCGGAGCCAGGGCUCGCUCCUCAUACUCUGGCCCUACUCUCCGCUGCCAUGGGGCCUGGCACUCCUCUCCUGCUCUGGUUCCUUUUGUCCUGGACUGGUCCCCUUCGGGGACAGCAGCACCACCUUGUGGAGUACAUGGAACGCCGGCUGGCUGCCUUAGAGGAGCGUCUGGCGCAGUGCCACGACCAGAGUAGUCGGCAUGCAGCCGAGCUGCGGGACUUCAAGAACAAGAUGCUCCCGCUGCUGGAGGUGGCAGAGAAGGAGCGGGAGGCACUCCGCACCGAAGCCGACUCCAUCUCGGGCCGGGUGGACCGUCUGGAGCGGGAGGUGGACUAUCUGGAGACCCAGAACCCCACGCUCCCCUGUGUCGAGGUGGACGAGAAGGGGACUGGGGGCACAGGGACCAAAAGCAAGGGCCGAAGAAAUGAGAAGUAUGACAUGAUGACAGACUGUGGCUACACCAUCUCUCAGGUGAGAUCCAUGAAGAUCCUAAAGCGGUUUGGUGGCCCCACGGGUCUGUGGACCAAGGAUCCCCUGGGCCCGACAGAGAAGAUCUUCGUGUUGGACGGGACCCACAAUGACACAGCUUUCAUCUUCCCGAGGCUGCGUGACUUCACCCUGGCCAUGGCUGCCCGGAAGGCUGCCCGAGUGCGUGUGCCCUUCCCCUGGGUGGGCACGGGCCAGCUGGUCUAUGGUGGCUUUCUGUACUAUGCCCGGAGGCCCCCCGGGGGGCCUGGUGGGGGUGGAGAGUCGGAGAACACACUGCAGCUCAUCAAAUUCCAUCUGGCCAACCGCACGGUGGUGGAUAGCUCGGUGUUCCCGGCUGAGGGCCUGAUCCCCCCCUACGGGCUCACAGCCAACACCUACAUUGACCUGGCAGCCGACGAGGAGGGCCUGUGGGCUGUCUAUGCCACCCAGGAGGAUGACAGGCAUCUGUGUCUGGCCAAGUUAGACCCACAGACGCUGGACACAGAGCAGCAGUGGGACACACCCUGUCCCCGAGAGAACGCAGAGGCGGCCUUUGUCAUCUGUGGGACUCUCUAUGUCGUCUACAACACUCGCCCUGCCAGUCGGGCCCGAGUCCAGUGCUCCUUUGAUGCCAGUGGCACCCUGAGCCUGGAAAGGGCAGCUCAGCCUUAUUUCCCCCGGCGGUACGGUGCCCAUGCCAGCCUCCGCUAUAACCCCCGUGAGCGGCAGCUGUAUGCUUGGGAUGAUGGCUACCAGAUCCUCUACAAGCUGGAGAUGACAAAGAAGGAGGAAGAGGUUUGAAGAGCAAGCCUUGAGCUUUAGGGCUUUCUUGUCCGCCCUGGUCUCCAGCCCCACUCAAGUGCCUGCUCUGCUUCCUUUAAAUGAGGGCCACCUGUGCUUCCAGCCCCCUGGUUCUAGUCAGUGGAAGCCAAGAUCCUCAUCUCCCUUCAUCUCCUGGGGACUUUGAAAGGGAACAAAUCUGAGAUGCUGCUUCCUGUUCCACCCCAGGCCAGUGCAGUUCAGGCCUGAGAUAGAGCCCCGGAUGGGGGUGACCCCAGGGAAUGGAACAGAGUAUGUCUUGUCUUGUGGGUCCCAGGAGGUAGAAAGAAGGCGACUUUGAGCUCUGCCCUCACCUCCCUGCAGAGCCCUGAGGAGCGGAACGCUGCCCACGUCAUUUUGUACGGUAACAUUUCACAUUAAACAGAAAUCCAUGGCUCCUCUCUUCCCUGUGUGUUGGGGGGCAGCCCUCAGGUCAGGUUUCUCCCCUUAACCCUCAUCUCACUCCUCCACCCUCAGCCCUGAGCCCCGUUAGGCCUUGGCAGGGAGAGGGAAUGUGUCCAGGCUGUGAGGCGCCUAGGGAAGCCCUGGGUCCCGCCUUGCUCCUGGCACAUUGCCUCAGGCCUCAGGCCCUGGGCUGAGCCUUCAGUUCCAACCCGGCGCCUGGAGAGUUGCAAGCAGCAACCAGUUUCAGCCUGUUUCUGCUGUGUGGGAUCCAGGGCUUUCAGGCUCAUGUCAGGACAAUCUUCCUUCUCACCAAGCCCCCUGCCCUUCUCCCUGCUCCCUGCCCCCGGCUCUGGGUCCAGCCCGGCUCUCCAGGGCCAGGUUGCACAACUGUUGUCUGGGCUGCUGUGGCUUUCUGCUGCCAGUGUCUGUGGCUCGGCCAGGAGGAGGGGCCCUGACCCGCCCCAGAUGCUCUGACCAGCUUCCCAGAGGCCCUGUCCUUUCUCCUCUCUCACAGCCUCUAGCUCCCUACCCCAGUCCUGGCUCCUGGCGAUUUAACCCUUUCUGGCCUGCUUUCUGAGCCCCAGGGUCUAAAUUGCAGGACCAUCCUGGGCAGGGACAUGGACCCCGAGAGGCGAGUCUCUCCUGACUUAAACCCCCGUACUCAGGAGCACGGAUGGCCUAGGGUCCUCAGGCGGCAGGAGCCCUCAGGAUGCUUUUCCCCUAGGGGGAGGGGAAAGGAAUUGGGUCCUCCCCGCCCAGCACCCCAGCCAGGAUGGAGUGAAGCAGUCAGGCCCUGUGAUGCGCCUUUUGUCUUCCUUUCCUCAGCAGAGCUGCUCCUGACAGUAGGGUGAUGGGGGAAGAGAAAGGCCCCUCACAAAGCGGAGGGCUGGGCCACUCCCCUCGACUCUCUCCUAAUGUGGGGUUGGCAGCAGUAAUCACUGCCUGUCAGCUGUGCUGGGGUCUGCCCACGGAACAUCUGGUGUGAGGAGCAGGAGUCUCCCGCCCCCCCCCCUUCCUGGAGGCCUGGAGAGAAGAGGGCGAGGGCCCCCCGGGGGGGGGGCGUGCCCUGGGAACGUGGGCACAUGCUCUGCUCUUUCCCACUGACACCGCGUCGGCGUCAGGUAAGUGACUUGGGCUGGCUCGUCUGGGCCGCUGCCUGACAGCGUGGCACAUCGGGAGCAACCUUCUUCUGGUGGCUGAGGAGAGAUGAACAUCAGGGAUGUGUCAUUGACACAGCCAGACAGGAGCAAGUAUAAGUGCCCAGGAUGUGACUGGGAGAAUGUGUGCUUUGCACUGUGACGCCCCUGGCUCCAUCCCUGCCCUGCCAGCAAAACCCACAGCCUGCUUGCUUUUUUUUUUUUUUUUUUAGUUUGUUUUUGGGCUACACUCAGCUGUGCUCAGGACAUCUGUCUGGCUCUGUGCUCAGGGAUCACUCCUGUGGGCUCAGGGGCCAUGUGUGUGAAAGUACUUCCCUUCACCGGGAAGGGGCAGCCCAGUCCCCCUUGCCCACUGCUGUUGCAGCUCCUCUCUAGCUGAUUCAAGUCUAUAGUUUAGUUCCCCUGUAAAUUCCUGGACUCUUGGGCACUGGGUAGUUCACGCUUUCCCAAGACCGUAAAUUCUCACAGGAGACCAAGAAAUAUAGAUAGUAGCCAGGGAGCUGGUGGAAUAAAUAACCUAAAAGACCCCAAACACAUAUAGGGUGUUAAUCUUAUCUCAAAGACACGGAUGGGCCCUAAAUUAACAAAAUAUCUCUGGGAAAGAAAUGGAAAUCCUGUCACACUUGGAUAAGUAGCACAAAGACCUAGUUUUUCAAUAAAAUCAGAAAAAUGAGCCAUACUUAGUCCUAUACUAAUUUCCUCCCUGCACGGCAAGUUUCUAUUUUCCAAUAAACUGUACUGUAAUUUUAUAACUCUGGGUCUGAGCAUCUUUAUUACUCAGUAUUAUCAAGAACCCGGGAACUGUGGACAAGCACAGAGGUUCGCCCUCACAGCUUCUGCAUCGUGUGCUAUCAGAGAGCAGACCCAAUCAGCCGUGUGUAAGGCAAGGGCUCUACCAUCAUUCCAGUCCCCAAACCUGGUCAUCUGCUUCUACUAUGUGUGCCUGCCUUGGUGGCAU